GGUUCGUUCUUCGUCCAUUUUCGUCGCUCAAUUCACUGAUGCAAAUUGCAUCAACUUUCGCUAGCAAACGCUAUUUCAACAACCUCGAGGCUCCUCGCUGUCCGCCAAGAUGCUUUCCAUUACAAGACAUAUUCGAUCCAGCCGCCGAACCACCUCCGUCUUCGCGAACCGAUUCCUUUCCUCUUCGUCUUCGGUCUCAAAUUCCGCAUCAAAGCCCCAAGAUGAUUUGAGAGAAAGGGAGCACGAUGGAUCUUCCCAGAAGGUCGAGACCUGGUUUCUUUCUUCAUCCUCCAGCUCAGCUGCUAAAACUGAGCCACAAGAACUUAAGUUUACUCCUCCCAGCGCUCCACCCCUUCCCUCCAACGCACCGCUGGCUGUUCAUCAAUUUCAUGAUUUUAUCACCGCUCCUGCUCCUUCAGAGGCUUCUGAGGUAGUCCUCCCGCAUACCCUGGAGUUUUUUGAUACUCGCUCGGCUUCUGCAGCUCUCGAAGCGUCAGCAGUACCAGCACCAUUGCCCCAAAGCUGGGAGAGUACGGUCCGAGUUAGCAGAUUACGAGGGCAGAAUGUGAAAAUAGUUGAGAAAAAGGAGGAGGUAAAUUUGCCCGAAGGAGAUAUGAUACAAGGGCUGGAAGGUUCAGGACCGGCCUGGGAGUGGGUCGGCGUUGUUCAAGUACGAGGGCGGGGAAGAGGAGUUGUCAGAAGAGCUGACGGGGUAGUUAGGCGCUGGCUCCUCAAAAAUCCUCUAUCCCCAUCUGUUGAACCAGUGACUAUUGAAAAUCCCAAGACGCCGCGGAUAGACCCCGAUGCGGACUGGUCUAUCGUUCCUGUAAAGGGCACCAGAAUAUGUCUCAACAUCUUGACAGAAGAGGGCAGGGAAAGAUGGAGGCUAGAAGAUCUAUGGGGAGCGAGAGAUCACAAAUUGUAGAAGAGAAAACUUUGGAAGAUAGCCGGUCAACAGUGCUAUAUACUCAUGGAUUCCUAUUACACAUGCGUAGAACACGCGCCACGGUUUUUUUCUAUCCCCGCAUGACUGGGACUGUCUAAGUUUUAGAACACCCUCAAUCUUAUCCACGCGUUCUCAACGAAACACUCAAAUAUUUAUUGUUAACUUCGGUCGUCAUCCCUUCUACGUAAGACUCCACUAUCGAGCAAGAAUGAAUUAUCUGAUGCCACUACCUCUGGCUAUCUGUGACGGUAGAUCUGUUCCCAUACGUACUCAUUGGACAUCAUUGCGGUGCAUUAUUGCGCUACGAUGCUGACAGCUAAUUAAUGGCAAUACCCUUGAUGAAUCUUAUCACCA